AUGUCAAAAGGAAAUGCCCAGAGAGGCCAAUGGAGAAGUCAAUGGGCCAGACUUAGGCCCGAAGGCAACGAAUUGCAAGUCGAAGACAAUCAAAAGUCCAAUCAGCAGGUCGGAAUACCAGGUACAAGGACCGAAACUGCCACAUCGAAUUUCCAGUUCGUCAAUAUCUCGGAGCCAAGUGAAAUAGUUGAUCCCAAAACCAAGGCAUUUGUUCGCAAACAUGUGUGGAGGCACCGUAAGAAAGGCGGUAGAGCCGUAACGAUAAGACCACUAUUGUCGAAAAUAGACAAGGGGAAUUCGAGUAAGUCCCAAAUGACUCCACCGCUGCUGGCGCAGAGUCAAGCUUUACAGCGAAGAUUGCUUCCUGCAAGUCCACGGACAUUGGUAAGGAAUGAUUUGGUAGACGCAACAGUAUAUCCGGUACCCAUGACCGACGAGCUGCGUCAACUUGUAUAUUUGAUGCACAAACAAACGGAAGAAAACGUAACAGCUUUCCGAGAUGUGUGGUUUUCUCUGGUCUUAUGCGAUGAAGGUGCUUUCUUUCAACUCAUGAGUACCGUGAGGUUCCACUACGGAAGAUUAUAUGGAAGAUCAGAUGAGGCGGGCCAGGAAAUGGCAGCGGCAUAUAACAUCAAGGCUAUCCAGUCAGUCAAUUCCAGACUAGUCAAUGUUGCUCAGAGUACCACUGAGGAAUUGAUCGGAGCAGUAAUCUGCUUUCUAACGUAUAAUCACAUAACCCAAAAUGUGCCAGUCUACGCAAUGCACAAGGCUGGCAUAGCGCGAAUAAUCAGUCUUCGAGGAGGGAUCAGCACACUGGAAGCGAAUUAUAACGUGCGGUUGAUGUUGCUUUGGGACGACGUGUGCGGCAAAUUUGCAUUCAACAUACCACCAUCUUUCGGGCUUCCAAUCUCUCUUCUGCCGCCACCACUACACGAUCUAGACACCAUAUCCUACAAGAACCAUUCAUCGUGCUGGGAUGUCUUCGCGCCAGAUUUUGAUGCUAUCGAUGUGUUCAGCGACCUUCGCGCGCUGAGCUCCGUAAUCGAAAAGACACAGCCAGAAAUCUGGCUGGAUCCUAACUUCCUCGGCCUGUAUGUGAAUCCUCUAGCUUUGCGUAUACUAUCCAUUGGCGAAAAGGCAGAUCCGACGAGUUUGUUGAGAGCUUGUAAGUUAGCAGCAACACUCCAUAUUGCAAAAAUCCGACAGAGAUGUAUGGUAUAUCACAUUACAGGUCCACAUUUCGAGGAGGAAUUGCAUCAAAUGCUCGAAGAUGGGCUCGUAGACUGGGAAAACCGCGUCGAAGUUGAGCUCUGGGUGCUCAUGACUUUCGCAGUCAUCACAAAUGCGCAACGGCGACGAGGUGUUCUGGGUCGAAUUAUAGAGAUAGUUGAGUUGUUGAGGAUUCAAAGCUUUCUCUGUCUGAUUGAAAAUGUUUCGAAGUUCGUUUGGCUGGACAGUGUCGUAGAGACAGAGAAUUUGAUACUCGAGAUAGACCUUCGAAGAAUUCAAGAAAGAGAAGGAAGGUGGAAAAGAGUGAGCGAGCGGCAACCAGAAUGA